AUGAGUACGUCACGGCCAAGUGGUCCCGCCAUCAGUCGACGACCGUCGCCAGGGAAAGUGUCUGGUAUUCCGAGUCCGUCCAAUUCGACCGUCGCAAGCCCCCGCCACAACGCUGCUCCGGUGAAGCGUCCUGGAUUUGGCAGCUCGACUGCCAAACCAUGUCUAUCUCCCCGGCCCACGACGGCCGCAACGACUCCGAAAACUCAGCCCGCGAAGAAGACAACUGCGCUAAAGGUUCCCGAACCGCCCAAGCCCAACCUGGAACCUCCUCCGCCAGUCCCGGUGUCUGUGCACAACGAAUCUGGAAGUCCACAAGGCCACAUCGACAUUUCCACGACAGCUCACGUCAAGAACACGACACCAUCGCAGCCACACUACCGCCAAACCACUCGUGCGUCGAUCGUUCAGUCUAUCAGCGCAGACAAGGUUUGUGGCAAUCGACUCGUUGUCCUGGGUCGAGCCAAACUGGGUGGAGCUAACUAUUUUGGUGUUGUCCAGGUCAAGCCUGUCAAAGUGUCUGGGCUAAAAAAGCCGUCGCCAACGAAGCUGUCGGUCAGGAACUCAGCGUCCCCUCGCCCCAUCGACGCCACCGUGUCGACGCUCAAGGCCACUCUAAGUGAGCACAUAUCGCAGCAAACGUCCGACCUGCAAACACGAGUUGACGUGGCGAUGGCACAAAACACAGCUUUGACCAUCCAACUCGACAACGCGCGCCUGGCCAACCAAGAGCUCGAGGAUCAAGUGGGGCAACGGGACACAGUCAUUGCCGAUUUGACGAAGGCGUGCGCCCGGUACAAGUCGGACUGCGAGUCAUUUGCAGCCAAAGCCCUCGAGUGGAAACAAAAGUUUGACCACGCAACGGUGGGGCACGCAGCACAAGACCGCAAGAUAGCAGUCGCCAAGACACGGGCGCUGGAGAAGCGCAUUGCAUACGUCGCGGAAGAGAUGGCAAACACCGGGGGGCGAGCUGGCAUCGCCAUGGACUACUCCAUUUACGUCGUACCGGAAGGGGACGAAGAUGAAGCGAAUAUUGAGCGAUGUGAAACGAUGCUGUCGGGUCUGCAAAAGGAACUGAAGAAGGUUCAGGAGCGCCUUAAGGGGGAAAGCGCCUUGCAAGAUGAGCUCGUGCACUGCAAGGCCGCCGCAGUCGCGGCGCAGAGAGACGUGGACGACAUGAAGGCAAAACUGAUGGCACUGGCAAAGAGCCACUGCGACGACACCGCGGAUGCCAUCGAGAAGAUCGCGUUGCUAGACGAGGCCCUGGCCGAUCUGGCAGCACAGACCCACGCUCUGGACCGGCAGUGCAUGGUGACGGAAGACUUUGCGGAACAAAUCAAUCGCCUCGGCCCCCUCCUGGCAAAACUCCGCUUUGACAAGCAGUUGCUGGGAGAGCGGUACGCUGCGCUGCAAGCGACCCAACUCGAAUCGCAGCAACGCUUGGAUGACCUUGACGAAACCAAGGCGCGGAUGAAACAAAAGAUUCAGCAUUUGAAGGGCCAACUGGCCGACGCAACCGACGCCCAACGACGAAAUGCAGACGACAUUGGCAUGUUGGACUUGUCCGUCGCACAUGCGGCGCUUCAAGCCGAGUGCAUGCGCCUGCAAGACUCUGUAGAAGAGAAGAAUUGGCUGACUACGUCGCAAGCUGUAGUCAUUGGCGUGCUGCAGAGCCAGCUCGAUCAAGUCCUCAAUGCCCACGAGGAGCUUCACGGGGAAAGAGACCACCUACAGCCGUCGCCAACUCGGAUAGAAGCCACGACCAUUGCAUGCGCCAGCCCGACGAGGCAGUUUGGGCCGCUGCAAUAUGCCCUGUACGAAACAGCGAUCCAAGUAUACAUGGACGAAAUCAAAGUCCUGCGCGAGGACUGUCGCGUUCUAAAAGCGCAAUUGGUGGUGCACCCUGCCAACACUGAGCCAUCGGUGGAAGCCGCGAAGUGGACGCACGAGCGGCAAACGUUGGUUGCCCAAGUCGAGCAACUGAAACAGGACGUCGAGCAGCGUUCUGAGCAACUCGGCGAAUUUCAAGCAAGAGUUGGCGAACUGGAGGACCAACUGAGCUCCACCAGUCGCAGUUUGGAGGCGUCCCAAAGCGCAUUGGAAGCGGAAACUCUCAAAUGCCAGACAACCAAGGCACAACUUGAGACAACCACGGCGCUCACGCACGAACUUGCUGCGCAAGUCAAGCAAUUUCCAAAUCGGGAAGCCAAACUCCGUUCAGUGAUCCAGCAACUCCAAGAGCAUGAAGCGGCAUCCGACGAGAAAGCGCAGAACCUCGAGAGCACCAUUCAUACACUGGAGCAAACCGUCUUGGUGCUCCAAGGCGAGGCGGAGGCAUCGAUCGACGAAAUUUCAAAGCUGCUCGAGCAGCAAAAGACCAUGCAAGCAGCGUUGACGCAAAGCAAAAUGGAAACUACGACGUUGCAUGAAGUGGUGCAAAAAUUGCAGACUGGAACGACGCAACUCCAGACGAUCAUGGAGCAAGAUAAAGAGGAUCUGGUUGAUGGAUACGAAGAAGAGGUGAAGCAUCUGCAAAAACGUGUGCUCGGGUUAACCAAGAGGUGCGAAGACUGCUCGGCACAGAUUCAAGACCUCCAACUCGAGCGCGAUGCUGCACUGGCCAAGUUGUCCGGUGCCGAAGCCACGACAGCGGCAAGUGCUGUGGAGAGGCAGGAGCAGCACGGUGCCCUGAAAACCCAGAUCGAGUCGUUGGAGGGGGUAGUCGAAGCCAAGACAAAGGAAAUCGCGCAGUGGCAGCAUCGCGUGACAGAUUUGGAAGCUAUCGUGAACCAAUUGCAGGCUGAAAAGGCGCAGUACAAGACCGAAGUCCACGCGAUUGAAGCGCUUCUGCACGAGACAAGCCCCCUUCAGCAGACCGUCGACGCGCUUCAGAACGAUACCAAGCAAUUAAAGGUCGGGAAAUCACCCUCUAAACACGGUAAACAGCCAGGAUGCGGAAGCCCCAAGGAGCUCAAGCAUCUCCGACAACGCGUCAAGGAACUCGAGCUGGAGAAGGACUUGCUGGUCGCAGAAGUGGAGCAGGUCAAGGCAAGCAACCACCGUGACGGCAACGUAGCGUUUUACGUGGCGCAAGUGGACGGCCUCGAAGAGAAAUUGUCCGAGCAGACGGCCAUGUACUUGUCCAGCGUCAAACAAGCACAAGCUGAAUACAAGGACCUCGAGACUCAAUACCAAGCCAAGAUCCGACACUUGGAGAUGGAGCUGCAGCUCGACGAAGCGCGCAUCGAAGCCCUGGAAGGACGCCUCGCGGAGUCGUUGAGUCAUCGCAGUGUUGCAACCACUCCGAUGCGGCGAGGGCGGCGGUGA